GGAGCUCCAGAAGCCGGCGCUGACCGGGGCCGAUUGGCAGCUCCUGGUGGAGGCCUCAGGCAUAACCAUUUACCGGCUGCUGGACCAGCUCUAUCGGGACCAUCCUCUCCAACAUCAAACGUUUGCCUGAACUUCGUUUCAUCUGAGUAAUGGAAUAAACAGUUGAAAACAGGGCAGUGAGGAGCUGAAAGCAGAACCAGUGUCUGUCGUAAGACUGGCUGUCCAUGGUGUUCCGGUUCAUGACCCCUGGGAGCAAGUGUGGUCCUCUGAGUAGUACUGUCAAGUGGACUUUAUGAGUACAAAGUGUUUGGCAUCCUGGAAGGUUGCUCACCAGCUCUCCUUGCAGACGUUUACAUGGACUUAGACUACAGGAAAAAAUGGGACCAGUAUGUGAAAGAGCUCUAUGAGAAGGAGUGCAAUGGACAGAUGGUGGCAUAUUGGGAGGUGAAGUACCCUUUCCCACUGUCCAACAGAGAUUAUGUCUACACCCGCCAGCGGCGAGACCUGGAUGUGGACGGGAGGAAGAUCUACGUGGUCCUGGCCCAGAGUAUCUCUGUACCUCAGUUUCCCGAGAAGUCUGGGGUGAUCCGAGUGAAGCAGUACAAGCAAAGCCUGGCGAUUGAGAGCGAUGGCAAGAAGGGGAGCAGAGUUUUCAUGUACUACUUUGAUAACCCGGGUGGCCAAAUUCCGUCCUGGCUCAUUAACUGGGCAGCCAAGAAUGGAGUUCCAAACUUUUUGAAGGACAUGGUGAAAGCGUGUCAGAACUACCACAAGAAAACCUAAGGAAGAGACUGGGACCCCGGCAUCCAUGAAGGACAUCUCUGAAUGAGCUACACCAACUGAGGCUCACCCUUCCGUUCACACUUCCUGUCUUCAAAGCACUGCACACUCCCCAAGCAAGCUUGCCUCUGUCCGGCUCCAUCGCUGCCUUCUUUCCCACUGGUCGUACUCAGAGCCUGCUACCUUCUUCCACUAUUGAAUGGGAGGGCCCGUGCUUGUUUAUGUUUCAUUGGGGAGAUCCUGAGUGGGGGAAAAGGAGCCAUUCUGUUGUGCUGUUUUUGGUGGGAUGAGUGAGAGGAGGAAGGAUAACAAGAUGUAAGAGCGGCCCUUCCUGGAAAGCAGGCUCUCUUGCAACUAGCAUUGGCUUUUGGUCCACAGUUGACCUUCCAUGUUCGAAUACUGGAGAUACAGUGAUGUCUGUUCUCUUGAUGCCUCAGUGACCCGGGUAGGCUGGGAUUUGAGGGGACGAGCAACUGUGGCUGUGUUCCUACUUGGGCUGCAUCAGUAGUUGCUGUGAUAUCAGACCACUCUGAGGAGUGUCCCAGGACUGACUGAGCACAUGCUGAGAUGACCAAGUUUCCCUAAUUGCCCACAUCUGGAUUUUUCCUUUCUCAUAAUCCACUGAGAAAAAGCUAUCUAGACCUUUCUAGUUGUGCAUUCGACUGCAAGCCUAAGGCUUUAAAGAUAGCUUGUGCAUAGCCCGAGGAUAGUGUCUUCCUAGGUACGAAGGUGACCUUCCAUUCUAGAGAGUUUGGAGAUGUUGAAGGGACAAUAAUGGUUUACAAUGGAGUGAAAUUGAAGUAGUGAUUUGAUGUGCUCUUUCCCUUUUUUCUUAGGAAUUCUACCUCUUUAAAACAGGGACUCAGAACCCUGCGGUUGAUCCUCAAUUUUUGUAGGAAAAUAUAUUCUGUGGCCAAGACACAGCCUUAAUGAUCUCAGGGAAAAGUUGUGACCACUCUGUGCAAACCAUGAUUAACAGAUAUGGAAACUCAGGAUGCAAAAGCAGAAGAAAGGGAUUAUUUAAGUGCGAUUCCUUAGUGUGUAUGUUCUUUCUGGGAAGAAAGUUGUGUUCUGUGAAUAAACACAGUGACUUAUGCUUUUC